UUGGGGACGCACACCGGUUCGGCAGGAGGCCGGCGACGAGUAUCGGCGACCAGCGCAAGUUCCGCUGAUUUUCUUCUGCAGCCACACCGGCGAUCAGCGCGGGUGGUCAGAAUGAAGGGUCGUAUUGAGGUGAUGCGUUCCCUCUGCAAGGUUUUGGACUCAAACUUCGAAGAUAAGUUAAAAGAACUGGGUCAAUGGGAGGAGCUUGACGAGGGAACGAUAGAAUGGAAAACGGUCGAGAGCAGAUUAGAGCGGACGAUACAGACGCUACUUGAGGUCAGAGAUGAGAGAUAUAAGCAGCUGAAAGAGUGUGGGACUAAGGUCAUACAACAGUGGAAAUCAAACGAUGCACCAGCAUCAAGAAUCGUUGAUUUUUCAGAAGCCUUAGCAUUUUAUGAUGCUGCAUCGGCAACAGAGUCAUCCACACAGCUCACUGGAAGCAAAGCUCUCAACAUCGAUUCAAUUAAGAAGAUAAAUAAGGAAAUUCUUUUGCAAAACUCACUAGAGCUGAAGAAAUUGAAAGGAAAGUUUGACAGGCUCAAGAAUAAGUUGUUUUCUCUGAUUCACAAGAACCAUCUUCAGUUGAGUCUGGCGGAUUUUGUUUUUGAAAUGAAAGUUGAGUCGAAUAAAGAUUAUUUUUCUGCAUGCAAGAAGUUGAAAGAGGCGAUCUCAAAUGUCAAAGCUCAGGUUGUUAAGAGGAAGGAAAUAAUUAUGAGAACAGAGAUGCUGAAAUUGGCUAUAGAUCAAUCAAUGCCCCUGGCAAAUAUCGAAGGGUUCAUCCAAGUGAUCAAAAGACAGGUGGAUGUGUUGGUUCAGGAUGAAGGGAAACCUUACAUUUAUGAUUGUGAAGAUAUAAAUUCAAUUCUCGAUAAGCUCCAAUCUAUUGCUUCUGAGAAGAAGGCUCCGCAAAAUUCAGGUUCCAAGCUGAGAAUAAAAGAACUUGUUCCGGAAAAGGGAAUGCAGGAGAAAGCUUCAGGAACCUCAAGAGCAAGUUUUAGUCUGUCUGCUGCUAAUGCGGGUAAGGAAUCUCGAGAGAAGCCCGCAGCAUGUCUGAGAUCAAGCUCAAGGCUCAAGGAGAAGCGAACUCAACCGGAACUGCGAGGAACAAUGAGUCUGUCUGUCCAAGUCCUUCCACAGCAGGAAUCAUCAAGCUCCCAAAGUGGAGAAGAAGAUCACUCAGGGGAAACCUCAAGAGCGAGUUCCAGUCUGUCUGCUGCUAAUGCGGUCAAGGAAUCUGGUGCUGCUGCUCAAAAGAAGCCCGCAGCUGGUCUGAGAUCAAGUUCGAGGCUCAAGGAGAAGCAAGCUCAACCAAAACUGCAAAGAAAGACGAGAGUGUCUGUCCAAGUCUUUCCACAGCAGGAAUCAUCAAGCUCCCAAAGUGGAGAAGAAGAUCACUCAGGGGAAAGCUCGCUGCCUGUUGAACCGCAAUUGAUAGCUUCAUUGCCACCACAUCCAAGGCAGCCCAGGACUCGAAGAGUGGAAAUACCACCUGGUGAAGGAUGACAAAAGCUGACAAGGUCCGCAACUUGAUGGAAGUGAACAUCCAAAAUAAGGGGCCAGGGCUAGGCGUAAGGAAUUAAAAAGCAACAAAAAACAGAGUGAAUCCACCAGAGUGAGUGAAUCGGUAGAAGAGGGGGCAAUAACAUGAAUAACAUACAAGAUCCAGAAGCAAGUCUGUUGUAGGAAUCUUUUGCCAACAAACAGAAGAUUUUGCGCUGUAGGAAUCAUGUAGCGAUCAGAUCAGAUGCAGUAGUCAAAAUUUUGCCAACAGUAGCCAAAAAUUUUCUACUUUUUUUUGUUGCUCGCCUGAUUUUUCACAUAUAUGGUCAGAUGCAGUGGGGAUUUUUUUCGAAAGUUUUUGCCCUGCAGUUGAUUUACUGCCUUUUAUUUGCCUAUUUUGGUGGGGGGUGCAUUCCUUUCUUGGACGAGACUCUCCCUAGUCCAUGGUGUGUGGUGGCUGGGAGGGGAGAGGGAAGGCGAAGGAUGAAGGUGCACGCUGAUUGUUUCCUGUUACAUGCAAGAGCUUUGUGUGUUGAUUGAUUAAGAACGGAAUGAGUA